AUGUUGCGUCCAUAUCAGGCUGUUCCACGGAGUCUCCGAUUAAUCCUACGCCCCUGGGUUCUUACAUCGCACGCCGCUCCUCUGAGUUCUGCUCUCUGGCUGAAAGGAGCAAGGCCGUCGUCCUCUGGGACUCAAUGGAAACAACGUCAAGGUCGCGAUGCAUAUGUUCGCCAUGCUAAAGUGCAAGGACUCAAGAGCAGAGCAGCUUUCAAGCUGUUGGAGAUCGACGCCAAGUACAAGCUCUUCAAGAAAGGUCAAACUGUAGUUGAUCUAGGAUAUGCACCCGGCAGUUGGUCACAAGUUGCCGUUGAUCGCACUCGACCUCAUGGCCGUGUUAUCGGCAUCGAUCUUAUACCCGCUCAGCCUCCUCAAGGCGUUGCAGCGUUCCAAGGAGACUUUCUGUCUCCCAUAGUUCAAAAACUUGUCAAGGAGUUCAUUGCCCAAAGCCACAGCGACAGACCUCCUAAAGCCGGGAGGGAAGAUGUUGAUAAAGAUGGCGAUACGCUGCCAGAAAAUACCAUCCUCGACCAGCCGAGCUACAUUGACCGAGAGAGGCACUCGGCAGAGAGCACAGGCUCUCCAUCUAGUAGCACAUCAGCAGAGUCGACCUCGAGAAAUCUUGUGGAUGUCGUGUUAAGUGAUAUGUCAGCACCAUGGGAACAAGCAUCUGGAUAUAUUUCAAGGAGUUUAAGUAACCCUUAUAACAGGCUGAUGAACACGAGCGGCAUUGCAUCUCGAGAUCAUGCGGGCAGUAUGAACCUUUGCGAGGCUGCACUUCAUUUUGCCAGCGACACACUCAAGCCCGGCGGCCACCUUGUAUGCAAAUUCUACACAGGAGCAAUGGAUAAAUCAUUGGAACAGCAACUCAAAGUGCUCUUCUCAGAAGUGUAUAGAGAGAAACCAGAAUCAUCUAGAGCAGAAAGCAAAGAGGCGUAUUUUGUUGCGCUUUAUAGAAAGGGCAAGGCUACCAUUGAUCACUAG